AUUUCACUUCCGGACAAAAAUAAUAAUAACACUUUGUUGAUUAGUAAUUCUCAUGAUUCUCGUUAACGGAGCCGCUUCUUCGACCCUUGCUAACGCCGCUCGGGUUUCUGGAAUUCGAACCAUGAAUCGCAAAAUUUACGGAACUGUAUCUUCUUCUAAACCCUUCUCCCUGAAAAUCGAACACCCUCCCUCCGAUCCAAACACAGAACCAGGCAAUGGGGCUUCUUCUGUGUCGGGGACUCGAGUAUACACCCGGAAGAAAAGGCUAAAACAGGAAUCUUUGGAGCCUCUGGAGAAAGAUUCCCAGCUAUGUGUAUUGCCCGAUAUAGAAGAAUUUGCUUUCAAAAAGAACACUAGAUCUUCUUCUUCUUCAUCCAGGAGGUCAACCGAAACUAGCAUCAAUGUGACUUCAGCCAAAACAGCAGGAAACGCGCCUGAAAACUGGGUAAAAGUGCUCGAGGGCAUUCGUCAAAUGAGAUCAUCUGGAGACGCACCGGUUGAUUCUAUGGGAUGUGAUAAAGCUGGAAGCUUUCUACCUCCUACGGAAAGAAGAUUUGCUGUCUUGCUAGGAUCACUUCUCUCAAGCCAGACAAAAGAUCAAGUUAAUAACGCUGCAAUACAUCGUCUUCAUCAGAACGGCCUUCUCACGCCCGAAGCCAUUGACAAAGCUAAUGAAUCAACCAUAAGAGAACUGAUCUAUCCGGUUGGAUUUUAUACAAGGAAAGCUACAUAUAUGAAGAAAAUAGCUAAAAUCUGUCUAGAGAAAUAUAACGGAGACAUUCCAAGCUCUUUGGACGAUCUACUUGCGCUUCCGGGGAUUGGUCCUAAGAUGGCCCAUCUGAUUCUGCAUAUAGCAUGGAAUGAUGUUCAAGGUAUCUGUGUAGAUACACACGUGCAUCGCAUUUGUAAUCGACUUGGUUGGGUGUCUCGACCAGGAAUCAAACAGAAAACUUCGACUCCAGAGGAAACAAGAGUAGCAUUGCAACAAUGGCUUCCAAAGGAAGAAUGGGUUGCCAUUAACCCGCUUUUGGUGGGAUUUGGACAAACGAUUUGCACACCGUUGAGACCUCGUUGCGAAACUUGCAGUGUAGCGAAGCUUUGUCCUGCUGCGUUCAAAGAGACAUCAACAAGUCCAUCACCCAAGUUGAAGAAAUCUAAGCAAAGCAAACAACUGUGAUCCAAAAUCCGGGCCUUUUGUAUCUUGACAAAAAAAUGUUAUAUAACUUUUCUAUAUGCAAUCAAAACGUAUCUACUUGACAAGUAUCCUCGUGCUGAUUUAGAAUGUUCUUCUAAUCGUAAUCUUUUGUUUUUUGUUUCUCUUUGUCCUUACCAGACACUAGUGAAUUUCGUUUCUCUUCUUCUUUACCUGGUGGCAUCUUUGACGCUUGUGCAUUGUGGAAGAAUGCUAAAAGUUGACUAAACUCAUAUGGAGUUACUAAAACCGAUCCAGAUUAACUUGGAUUGUGACAAUCCAACUGGAUUGACCAGCAAAAGAUGAAACCACCACAACUUCAGCUUGGAAGAAAGAUUUUGAAGGAAGAGCAGUGAUGUUUAAAAAGUGAUCCACGUAGAAAGUAGAUUCCAAAUUCUCAGCACCGUUCAAGUAAUCACCAUCAAUAAUUUCGUGAUCAUCCUCCUACCAAACCAGUGAGAAGAAGAGUUUUCAACUUGAUCGGAAAGACCAUAGUGAAUACUUGCCCACCUGGAAAUUGUUUGCCCUAACUACAUGGCUCCACCCAUUGUACAACACCAUGUUCUAUUUCCAUUGCUUCAGUUGAAGCUUAUGCUUGUUGGACUUGGGAUCAACAAAGACAAUGUCUACUCCUUUUUUAUGAGCCGCCUUAACACAUUUUUGUAACGUUUUUUUUUCUUCAUCGCUUAGAAAAUUGUCACUCACCACUUUCUUGAAAUGUAACAUGAACCUCACUUGAUUAUUACUCGGAAGAUAUGGAUUUUAGUUCUUCCUAAAACCAUAUCUUUUUGUACUUCUUUUGAACUAUUAUGUGUAAAACAAAAAUCUUGUCUCAUUUUACAUUCUCUAUUAUAAUAAAGGUAUUAUA